AAAAGAAUUAGUUGAAAUCAACCAUAUUUAUAAAUUUGUUCUUUACAAGAUUUCCCAAAACACUCCAUGCCCGAAAGUCGCCCUAACCGACCAUCUUCCACUCCCCUGAGUCCAUCAUCUUCUGGCUUACUUGAAGAGAAGAAGAGUUUCGAUAGCAAAGCAUGUUUGUAAGGUGGCCAAGACUGCUUAAUCCCGCACAGCUCGGGCAGAUUCUAAGACAGCAGAAAAACCCAUAUACUGCCUUAAAGAUCUUUAAUGAAGCCCGAUCAAAGUAUCCCAAUUAUCGUCACAAUGGUGCUGUAUAUUCCACUAUUAUUGACAUACUUGGGAGCUCGGGUUGUUUUGAUGAGAUGAAGCAAGUGAUUGAACAGAUGAAAGACGAUUCAUGUGAGUGUAAAGAUGUAGUAUUUGCUAGUAUUUUUAAGACUUAUGCAUAUGCUGGAAUGCUUGAUGAUGCAGUGUCGUUAUUUAAAAGGCUUCCCGAAUUCAAUUGUGUGAAUUGGACCGUCUCUUUCAAUACCCUUUUACAUAUAAUGGUUAAAGAGUCUAGACUUGAAGCUUUUUAUCAUCUAUUUAAGGAAAAUUCCUCUGGGUGGGCGAUUAAGUCUAGGAUAGGCUCGUUGAAUUUGCUAAUGGAUGUUCUUUGUCAAAUUAAGCGCUCUGACCUAGCGUUGCAAGUUUUUCAAGAGAUGAACUAUCAUUGUUGUUACCCCAAUAAGGAAAGUUAUAGGAUUCUUAUGAAAGGCCUUUGUCAUGAUGGAAGGCUAAACGAGGCUACUCACUUGUUGUAUUCUAUGCUAUGGAGGAUUUCGCAGAAAGGUUGUGGGGAAGAUAUUGUAGUAUAUAGGACUCUCUUAGAUAGUUUAUGCGAUAAUAACCAGAUAAACGAAGCUCUAGAGAUUCUUGGGAAAGUUUUAAGGAAGGGCCUUAAAGCACCCAAGAGUCGCUGCAAACUUGUAGAUCUUAACCAACUUCGUGAUAGUGAAGACGUUGAACAAGCUAAACUUUUGAUCAAUGAAACUUUAGUUAAAGGUGCCAUCCCUAGUUUAGAUAGUUACGCUGCUGUGCUUACUGAUCUAUAUUUAGAGGGUAAGUUUUGUGCGGCUAAUAAAGUGCUCGAUGAGAUGCGUGAAAAGGGUUUCGGCCCAUCUUUGAGGAUAUAUGAAUCAAAGGUAUCAGCAUUGUGCAUGGAUGGAAGAGUCCAUGAAGCUGCCAAGGUUAUAGAGGAGGAAAUGCUGAAGAGGGAUUGUGUACCGAAUUCUCAGGUCUACAAGAUCGUUGUAAGAGGAUUUUGUGAUGAGGGUGAGUUGGAUUUAGCGCUUAAGUUCCUUGAAAUGAUGGAGCGGCAGAAAGGUUGCUCACACGACAAAGAGACAUACAAUGUUGUCAUUGAUAGAUUUUGUCAAGAUGGAAAAUUUGUCGAAGCAAGUAAGAUCAUGGAACGAAUGUUGAGAAAAUCAUUUUGGCCUAAACCGAACACUUUUAGUGCUCUUAUUAGAGGUCUUUGCUCAAUAGACAGAAUUUACGAGGCUGGAAUGUGGUUGGAAGAGAUGCUUAGUCAAGGUAAGGUACCUGAGUCUUGUGUAUGGAAAGUAUUAGUUGCUUCUGUUUGUUGUGACAUACAAGAGAUUCGUGAUUGCGUUGAAUUGCUGGAUCAUCUAAGAAACUAAAUUUGUGUCAUAUACCAUAGGAUAUGCAUAGCUUCUGUACGUCGUUUAGUGGCUUUUUUGGUAGUUUUGGGUCUUCUCUGCUUCAAUGCACAUGCCUUAAUAGAAGGUGGAUCUCGUUUUCCAUACUGAUACAAUUAAGUUUGAGAAUCGAGAUGGUCACCUUGUUUGGUUGUAUAGAUACUAUUCUGGUAAAUGAAAAUCUUUAUUUGCCAAAAAAAAAAGAAA